AUGCAUGAAGGGAAGUUACAUCGAGCACGCAUCGUGUCGAGCGUGGCAGCAACGGUGAUUUCGCUAGCCUGUGGGACAAACUAUGUGUACUCGGCAUGGGCGCCGCAGUUUGCCGACAAGCUGCAGCUGUCGGCGACGCAGUCGAACCUGAUCGGACUCUCGGCCAACCUGGGCAUGUACUCGCUCGGCGCGCCGGUCGGCAUGUUUGUUGACGGCAAGGGUCCGCGGCCAGCUGUCGCCGUCGGUGCCGUGCUGCUCGGUCUCGGCUAUUUUCCGCUGCAGCAGGCCUUUGUGGCCGGCGCUGGCGCCGUGCCUGCUCUCUGCUUCUUCUCCUUUCUGACCGGUCUCGGCGGCUGCAUGGCCUUUGCCGCUGCCGUCAAGACGUCGGCCCUCAACUGGCCGCAUCACCGUGGCACGGCCACUGCCUUCCCGCUGGCCGCCUUUGGCCUCAGCGCCUUUUUCUUCUCCGUCCUCGGCUCCAUCGCCUUUACCGACAACACCGCCGCCUUUCUGUUGCUGCUCGCUCUCGGCACCGUCUGCCUCAUCCUGCUCGGCUUCUGUUUCUUGCGCGUGCUGCCCCACGGCCAUCCGGCCGCCGCCGCCGCUCCCUACGACGCCUUGCCCACAUCCUCCCCCGACGCUAUCGGCAUCGACGACGACGACGAUGACAGCCUCGCCGCCAAAGCCGCGUCGCGCAAAAGCCGCCGCGGGACUGCCGCCCGCAGCGAACCUGGUACGUUGCUCUACACCGACAAUGGUCGCGAUCUCGGUAGCAGCGAAGCCGACGCAGCAGAAGCAGCAAACGACAAGGGCACAGGCGCACGCGAGCAGAAGGCGACCACCAGCACCGGCCCUGUCACAGCCUCGGUGGCCGCCGCCCCGUCGUCUGCUGCCCUCUCGGAAGAAGAUGCCGACCACGUGCCCAUGGACGAGACGUCUUCUCUCAUGUCGCGGACCUCUUCACUGCCCGGCGACGUUUUGGUGCAGAACAGUGUUGAUAUGGAUCGAUCCCACCGUAUAGACAUCCGCGGUUGGAAGCUGCUCAGCAACAUCGAGUUUUGGCAGCUCUUUUCCAUCAUGGGCAUCCUCUCUGGGAUUGGCCUGAUGACGAUCAACAAUAUCGGACAUGAUGCCAACGCGCUCUGGAAGCACUACGACAGCUCUGUGCCAGAGAGCCUGCUGGUGCAGCGGCAGCAGAUGCACGUGGCCAUUCUGUCCAUCGGUAGCUUCGUGGGCCGUCUUUUGAGUGGCGUCGGCUCCGACUUUCUCGUCAAGCGGAUGGAGGCCAGCCGGGUCUGGUGUCUGGUCAUCGCGGCCAGCGUCUUCAUCGUGGCCCAGCUGCUGGCCCUAACCAUUGUCAAUCCGCACUUCCUGGCCCUCGUGUCGAGCCUUUCGGGUCUUGGCUACGGCUUCCUCUUCGGCGUCUUUCCCUCCAUUGUGGCCGAGUCGUUUGGCAUCCACGGCCUGUCGCAGAACUGGGGCUUCAUGACCCUGUCGCCCAUCGUGUCGGGCAACGUCUUCAAUCUGUUCUACGGCUCCGUCUUUGACCGGCACACCGUCACCGGGCCCGACGGUGAGCGCUCGUGUCCCGACGGCAUCGAGUGCUACCGUGCUGCCUAUGUUGCUACACUGGGUGCCUGCGGGCUCGGCCUCGUGGUCACGCUCCUGGUCAUCCGGCACCAGUACCUGCAGCGGCUCAAGGACGCCGGCAAGCGCAGUCUGGAGGAUUGA